AUGCCCUCCUACGCAAGAACCUUGCUCGAGGAAGUAUGGUGGUUUCGGCGCUUCUUCUCCUGUAAUAUUGCUAUUGAUCGAGUCGUAGAAGUCAUAGAUAGUGAAGUAGGGGCCGGCGCUUCAUGCAACUUCACACACUCAUCGGAAUGGCAACCUGGUAUACAACCAAAAGGUCUUGCGCUUAUGAUCAAUAAAGCACUGCGGUCUAAUCCACAAAGCCGCGUUACCAUUGCGAAAGCCGAUAUCAGAGAUCUCGAUGCUCGUGUUGCCGCCGAGUACACGCAAUACCAGUGUUACGUGGAGAUCGAUAAUCUCGAGCCGCAUCUCCUCCGCCUGGACCAAUUGCGACCACAUUACUUCCAGGGAAACGAAUUUGCCAAUCGCAUCAUGAAGGGCUUUCAGUAUACAAACGUCCCCCCUGGAAACAGCUUCGUCUACAUCGAUGAUGAUGUGGAAUCGCUUGAGCCGAAGGAUUCUGUGCAGAUCAGGAAGAUGACAGAAGACGAUGCCAAAGACUAUGUUCUCGAGAUGAUCGAGUUGACUUGGGAAGUCAAGAAGGAAAGUUGGAAAGUAAUGCUGGCGCUGGCUGAAGAGGAGGCCAAGGCAAAGCGGGAGCUGAAGAGGGCGGCGGAAGCCGAGGAGAUCAAAUCUGAAAUUAUUGAGGAAGAUGAUGAGCGUCGUGAUCCAUCUUAUGGGGCCUUUCGUGGGGUAACAGGUGCUUGA